CUGCCGGGGCCUUAGCGCGCUCCCGCCGCACGCCGGGCUCGGGUGGAGGUGGCGGCUCCCGACGCGCUCCCGCUCCGCCCCCCUGCGCUGCCCGACGGGAGGUGCGAUGGCUUCCCGCAAGAGCUCCAGAGCCACCGGCGGCAGCCCCAGCCCCGGCUCCAAGAGAGAGACUAAGCAUGGAGGAAGCAAGAAUGGAAAGAAAGAAGGCCUCUCUGGAAGCUCAUUUUUCACCUGGUUUAUGGUAAUUGCUUUGCUGGGAGUUUGGACAUCAGUAGCAGUUGUCUGGUUUGAACUUGUAGAUUAUGAAGAAGUUCUAGCCAAAGCAAAGGAUUUCCGUUAUAACUUGUCAGAGGUCCUACAAGGCAAACUUGGGAUAUAUGAUGCUGAUGGAGAUGGAGAUUUUGAUGUGGAAGAUGCUAAAGUAUUGCUAGGCCUUAAAGAAAGAUCUGUCCCAGCACAGCCAACAUCACCAGAAUCUGAGGAGACUGUCCAGCCUGAAGAAAAGUCAUAUGUUGAAUCAGAGCACAAGACUGCUGACGUGGAAGUGGAAGAGGAAAUUCAAUCUAUUCUUCAUGAAACUCUCCAUUCCCAGCCUGGGGAAAGACAUGAAGAUGUAGAUGAAAGUGUAAGUGACCAGUGGCAAGUAAAGGAAGAAAUACAUGGAGAAACUUUUGAAACUCCUGCAAAAGAUGAUAUCCUCAGAGAAUUUGAGAAUGAAAUUCCAGAAGCAUAUGAGACACCAGAUUCAGUUCAGAAAGAUGCUGAUGCUCUGGUGGAUGAUGUUGGAGCAGUGGAGUCUGAAUCAUAUGAAAUUCCAGCUUUAGAUGAUUAUGUUGCAGAUUUGGAAGAGAGAGUAAGUGAUCCAGAUACUCCAGGUGACUCUGAGGUAAUGCCAGAAGAAGCUGUGGAAGAUUAUGCAGAGGAUAGAGUGCAUGAAGAUUAUAGUGAAGACCAAGAACCAAAACAUGAAAAGCAGACUGAGACUCAAGAUACAGAAGAAAUUAAUGAAGAUUUUGAUAUUCCUAAAGACCUCUCAGGAAUAGAAAGUAAGCAAACAGAAGAUGAUGUGGCCGUUGAACCAGAGGAAUCAGAAACACCUGUUAAAGCUGAAGAUUAUUCAGAUGAUGUUCAAGUGGAUACUUAAAGCUUCAAAAGAAAAGUCCCUACAUCAGGAGGACCAGUCCUAACCAUACGCUACAAAAGGGGAGCAGAUGGUUGUAAUAGACCUUAUGAUGUAAUUACCAAGCAGUUCAGGGUUUGGGGAAUGAACACUAAGAUGUUGUAAAUGGGUUUUAGCCAACUGUCAUUUUAGUAAGCAUUUUUAACACUUGGAUGUUUAGUUUACAUUCCUGUCUGAUAUUUUUUUCCCUUGGUCAAGUUUAGUGAAUUCAUUAUUUUUCUUCUGUGUUUGUGACAGAGGUACAACUUAGAGCUGCAUUUCAUGUACUGUUUAAGCAAUUGUUAAUAUUCUAUUUAUAACAUAGCAGCAAGUACAUUUUUUUCAGAUUUUAAUAUAUAUCUUUUGUUGUGGAUUCAUACAGUAUGUACAGAGCAGUUUGGUCAAAUGAUACAUAUGAUGUUAUGAAUUUUAAAAUAUUUCAUAACUGCUGAUAUAGCAUACAGCCUAAUUGCAUUUUAUUAAAAAACACUAAUGAGGCACACACUACGCUGUGAAGUUUGACUUAUGUCUCUUUGCACUGAUGUUAUGUCAACAGUUAACUACAUGAAUUUCAGGUGAUUUUUAAAAUACAACAAGGUAUAAAACAUGAGUUUAAUUCAUACUGGUAAAAGACCAGAUUACAAAAUUACAAUUUUUGAAAACCCUUGUAUGAAUUAGCACUUUUUAUUUAUGUUCAUCUGAUUUUUUACGGCAAAAACGUCUAGAGACUAUAUGCUAGCCUGACAGGGAGUCAGUGGAGAUUGUAACAAGACUGAGUUGCUGGAAUCAGGUUGAAUUCAGUAAAAUGAUUCCAUUUUGGUUUGCCUACCAGUAUAAUGAUCUCAAAGCUGGCUUUAAUAAGCUUUAUAUUCUGUAAAUUAUUUUAAAAGUCAAAUUUGCAUAAACACUUGAUUUGCAAAUUUUACUAAAGAAAUGCUUUGGAAAUUCAACCUUAAGAAAAAUAUGAUGUCAAAAUUUAAGACCUGCAGGUAUGAAUGCUCUUGAAAAUGGUACAUCUGAAACUUAGGUACUGUGAGUGAUUUAGAAUUUUAAUUUAACAGGUGUGCUUUUUACCUGUUCUGUGCUGCUGUUCCACAAUUACGAAGACAUAUUUUAUUCUUUGAUAUUUUGCAUGUGUUUCUUUUUGGCUCAGGAAUAAUUGCUGUGAUUUUAGGAAGUUGCCAAGCCUGUUACAGGAGCUUAGGAGAAAUAAAGUAAAAUAAAGUUAUAAAAAGAAGAAUCAGUUUGGUAACACUAACAGUUGGUUGCCUUUUGGUUUACAGGGAGACUUUCAAUUUCUGUAAGACUGUUUUGGAGUCAGGGUUUUAGAUGCUUACAUUUGUAGUGAAGGGGCAUCAUAUAUGCUUGCCCUUUUUUUGGGUUUGGGAAGUCAGUUAGACUUCAUGUGUGUGUUACAUCUGAUCAACAAAUACAGAUGUCCCAAAGUGAUUUCUUUAGACUUUUCAGGAAAGCAAUAAUACUCUUAGACUGUGAUGUGUUUUGGGAUGGGAUAUUGUAGUAAAAUUACCUGUGAUUGUGAAUUGCAGAGCAAUAAUUUUUACAAAGCCAUAUUUUGUGAGGAAUCUUGAGAAUUAUUUUACAAUGGUGAAUGGAGGACUUUUUAUAUAACAGUGGCAGCCUAUUUGUAGAAUUGUGGGACUGUGAGAGUGUAUUACGCUGUGAUUGAAUUUUACGUAUCUUGUAACUGGGUAUGUGAUUUUACGUGCUUCAUGUUUACAAAAAUAUGCCAAGCUGAGCAAGGUCAAGUGAACUAUUAAAAAUAUGUAUAUUUAAUCCAUUUAAAUGUUUGGCAAUAAAACACAGAAGAAUAUAAUUGUC